AUGUGCCUUUUAUGCAACAAAGUUUUGGGCAAUGACGCUAUGAAACCAUCUAAACUGCAAGAUCAUCUGAGAAGAUGCCACCCUGAUAAAACAGAGAAAGAUUUGAAAUACUUUCAAACAUUCAAAGAUUCAUUUCAGAAGAGACCUACACUGGACAGAAUGUUCGCUUCGACGUCACAAAGAAAUGAUGAUGGUUUGCGGGCGUGUUACAAUGUCUCGUUACUUACAGCAAAAUCCGGAAAACCGCAUACUAUCGGAGAGAAGUUAAUUUUGCCAGCCGUUGAAGAGGUUUUAAAAACUGUUUUACACAAACCUGCAUCUGAUAUCAUUAAAAGAAUUCCCUUAAGCAACAAUACUGUUGAAAGACGUAUUGAUGAAAUGAGUUCUGAUCUGGAAAGCUUCUUAUCUAAUUAUUUGCAAACGACCCAUUUCUCUAUACAACUGGACGAGUCAACUUUACCUGAUAAUGCAGCAUUAUUAUUGGCAUAUGUUCGACACUAA